CUAACCUUAAACUUAUAUUUGACAAGUGAUAAUUAUAGUAUUAAACACGUUAUUUCAUCAUUUUUAUUUAAAUUUACAAAAUGAUAGAGUCGUGCCCCAAAAAGCGAAUGCUACUGGGUAUCACACUUCUGGGGAUAUUAACGAUCGUCAUUUUAAUAGUGGAAUCUCACUGGACGGACAACGAGAGAAUCUCCUCUAAGAGACGCUCAUUUAUAGUGGAACAAAAUUCGACUUGUUGGGAGAAGGAGUCGUACGAAGUGGUAAAGGAUUGCGAGCCUUGUACACCGUUUGAGUUACGCAGCAAAACUUUGGGUGUAUGCAUUCAUACUAAAUACAAAGAAAUAUUAAAGUGUGCCAACGGAGACUAUGUGACGAGAAGCUGCGAUAGGACUGCAUAUUAUGACGAACAAUCUUUUUGGCGCUUUGAGGCAUCGAUGUUUGGGUUAAGUGCAGUUUCAGUAAUUUGUGUUUUCUCUAGGAAGAAAGUAUUGAAUAAACGAAUGCUCCAGAGAGUACAAAGACAGUUGGCGAAUUGUGUAUAG